ACCUCCACGCAGACAACCCUAAUUCCCCCCUGUGGUUUUAUCCCUACCCAGCACUAUAAAAGUGAGCUUUAGCUAGAGUUGUUCACUCUUGUCACCAGCUCCUCCAGGCUACCACCAUGAAGUGUGUUGCAUUGGCUGUCACCCUUCUGCUGGCCAUUGGCUGCCAGGCUGCUACUCUGCCAGAGGCUGAGAUCCCCUCUCAGCUGCAGCACCUCCGAGCUGCUGCGGAUGUCUACCUGACCCAAAUAAGGGAAAGCACCAAAAGAGCCUUAGACCAGCUUGAUGACACAGAAUACAGCGACCUGAAGGUCACGGCGUCUCUAUACCUGGAUGAAAUUCACAAUCAGCUUAAGCUCUGGCAAAGCUCUGUUGCCCCAGUUACAGACAGCGUUGUUUCAACACUCGCUGAGGCCACUGCUGAGCUCCGUGAGUCCAUCAAGAAUGACAUUGAUUCCCUGAAGACUGAAUUGGAGCCUCAGCGUCAAAAGCUGAAGACCCUCAUUGACGAGCACCUUGAAGAGUACCGUAUCAUCAUGGAGCCCAUCAUAAAAGAUUACCAGGAUAGGCACGCUGCUGAGAUGGAUGCUUUGAAGAUCAAGCUCGAACCAGCUAUGGAACAGCUGCAUGCUCACUUUGAGUCCAACGUGGAGGAGACCAAGAAAGCCCUGGAACCAAUGAUUGAGUCUGCAGUCAAGAAGCUGAAUGCGCGUAUUGCACAACUGAAGGAGGUGGUCUCCCCCUAUGUGGAGGAAUAUAAUGAGAUGCUAAACAAAGCCUACGGUCAAGCAAAAUCCCUCACUGUUGAAGACAUGCAGGCCCUGAAAGACAAGGUUUCACCUUUAUAUAAGGAAAUCAGGGAAAAGUUUGACCAUAUCAUCGAGGUCGCCAGCGCCACCUUCAACAAACCCGCAGAACCUCAGUAAACCUAAUCUAACAUGUAACUAACUCCACCCACACAUCUGGCCCAUGUCUAUCCCAUCUUUUUCUGUAUUUCAAAUGACAGGACUGUCGUUCUCUGUCUCCUUCUGUGUUCCUACUCGGGCACUAGAAGGAUCAAAUACACACAGACACAUAAUCUGCACAUACUAAUGCUUUAAAUGUGCCAAGGCACUGAUGGUAACAUCAUGUUUAGGGAUUGUAUGUGAAUGACCACACAACUUUAGGUGGUGGCUUGAUUGAAUACAACUCAAUAAACAUUUGACUCUUUAUACUA